UGUCUCUGUCUGUCUUGUGGUCACAGUGGUCCCUCCAUCUGCACAGGCGGAACCAGAGAGAGGAGACGCCAUGAACCCCACCCUCACAGCCCUGCUCUGUCUCCGGCUGAGUGUGUGCCCCAGGACCAGAGUGCAGGCAGGGACCCUCCCCAAACCCACCAUCUGGGCUGAUCCAGGCUCUGUAAUGCCUUGGGGGACACAUGUGACCAUCUGGUGUCUGAGGCCAGAGGCCCAGGAGUAUCGCCUGCAUAAAGAGGGAAAGUUAGAGACCUGGGACACACGGAAGAUACUGGAGCCCAGGGACAAGGCCAACUUCUCCAUCACACACAUGACAGAUGUAUAUGCGGGAAGAUACCGCUGUGACUAUCUCAGUCCCCCUGGCUGGUCAGAGCCCAGUGACCCCCUGGAGCUGGUGCUGACGAUAGGAUUGCUGGACAAACCCUGGCUCUCAGCCCAGCCCAGCCCUGUUGUGACCUCAGGAGGGAAUGUGACCCUCCAGUGUGCCUCACCAAAGGGAUCCCACAGGUUUGUCCUGAUGAAGAAAGGAGAAAGCCAGCCCUCCUGGACCUUGGACUUAGCCAGCCCCUGUGGGGGAACCCAGACCCUGUUCCCUGUGGGCCCUGUGACCCCUGGUCUCAGGUGGACGUCAGAUGGCUAUGGCUAUUACAGCAACACCCCCCAGGUGUGGUCCUAGUCCAGUGACCCCCUGGGCCUGCUGUCUCAGCUCGUGAGAAUUGACCGGAAAACCCCCGGCGAACUCAAUUCCAGCACGGCAUGUCUGCAGGGCCGCCCCCUGGGUCUGGCCCAGGAUCUCGAGUUGUCGCGACUUGAACCCUGCCAGAAAGCCCUCCGUGAGUCAGGCACAGGCGAGGCCAAUGCCUCCUACUACUCAGCCUCCAGGGGUCCGGGCCCUAACCCUCGCCUGGUUUUUCAGUCUUCCUUCCAGGGUCCUGUCCCUCAAGCCCUCCAACUGGGGAUCCCUGAGUCCCGCGCCACAAGUCCACCUGCCACCCAAGUGGAAACGGUGCCUUUUGGAGCUGCGGACAAGCCUCAGAGCGAGAGAAACUUUCGUGCCCCCACUGAGGCCAUCCCCAACCUUCGGCGAUACAGCAGCCCAAAAAGUCGGAGGCUGAUGCCCGGCCACAACCCCUCCCUCAACUCUGCUCCGGGAAAGCUCACCUGUGCCAGGGACCCUGGGCUGUCUGCACGGCUGGGGACCAUGGGAGGCAGCCCCAGGACCCUGACCCUCACUGCUGUUCUCUGUCUCGGGCUGUGUUGGGGCCUGUGGGACCAGGCACAGACAGGGACCCUCCCCAAACCCUCCAUCUGGGCUCAUCCCAGCUCCAUGGUCACCAAGGGGAGCCGUGUGACCAUCUGGUGUCAGGCGUCUCUGCAGGCUGACCGCUACUAUCUGUAUAAAGACAGGAUCUCUGAGCCCUUGGAGACCUUGGAGACCUCACAGGGUUCCAGCAACAAGGCCAGUUUCUCCAUUACAUCCAUGAGCUUAUACGAUGUAGGGCGAUACAGAUGUGCAUAUCAGAGAGGGGAGAGCUGGUCACAGCUGAGUGAACUCCUGCCCCUGGUGAUGACAGGACAGCAUGACGCACCCUCCCUCUCAGCCAACCCAGGCCCUGUAGUGGCCUUGGGAGGGAACGUGUCCCUCUCCUGUAGCUCAUCAUGGCCACGGGGGUCAUUCCGUCUGCUGAAGGAGCGGGGGGCUGAUGCGCCCCAACACCUGGAAUGGAAGUUCCAUCGUGAGAGGGGGCAGGGGCUCUUCCACAUGGGCCCCGUGAACACCUCCCAUGCGGGGACCUACAGAUGUUACGUUUCUUCCGAGUCAUACCCGGAUUCGUGGUCACAUCCCAGUGACCCUCUGCACCUUCAGGUCACAGGUGUCUACAGGGCGCCCUCCCUCUCGGCCCAGCCGGGCUCCCUGGUGCAGUCUGGAGACAGUGUGACCCUCCAGUGUCGCUCAGAGACCGGCUUUGACAGAUUCGCUCUGACCAAGGACGAGGAGCUCAGAGCUCCCCAGAGUCUAGAAGGGCAACCCAGCCCCAACUUCCCCCUGGGCCCUGUGAGCCGCACCCACAGGGGCCGGUACCGAUGCUACUGUGGACACAAGCUCUCCUCCACCUGGUCGGCCCCCAGUGCCCCUCUGGUUGUCCUGAUCACAGGAAUGUAUGAGAAACCGUCCCUCUCGGCCCAGCCUGGGACGUCAGUGUCCUGGGGGGAGAACGUGACCCUGCAGUGUCGCUCAGAGAUUUGGUUUGAUACCUUCCACCUGUCCAAGGAGGGGUCCCUCGCUCCUCCCCAGGUCCUUCGUCCGCAGGACACAGCAAUACCUCAUCAGGUCAACUUCAUCCUAAGUCCCGUGACCUCAGACCUCAAGGGGACCUACCGGUGCUAUGGCUCACACAGCAACUACCCCUACCUGUUGUCACAGCCUAGUGACCCCCUGGAACUCCUGGUCUCAGGAUGCCAGGGUCAUGUCAGCAUGCUCUGACCACCACAAUCUCUUUGUCCCCAAUCUCUAGGGUCAAACAGCCAAGAUUACACCGUGGAGAAUCUCAUCCGGUUGGGGAUCUCUGCCCUGAUCCUGAUGGUUCUCGGCGUGCUGCUCUUUCAAGCUCGGCACCGUCACGGAAGCCCCAAGAUGCAGCCGGGACAUACACAUGAGAGCGAGAAGACAGACAGUGAGGUAGAACGUUGAAAACGGAAUGGAUGAUACCAAGAGUUUCUGGAAGAAUAUCUGUGCAUAAGUUGGGGAAACUUUCUACUGAGAAUAUUCUGGGUGUUAACAUGGUUUUGAUGCAGGAAAAUGUCUGGGUCGGCGCUAUGGUGCCUCUUCGGCAAUUAAAUUGUGCUAAUUUCUCUCCC